CUCCCUCCCCCGCAGACGCUCGGGCACCGCCGCGGGAAGGAUGGAGCCGGGCCGGUGGGCGCAGCUGGGGCUCACUUUCCUGCAGCUCCUUCUCAUCUCCUCCCUGCCCAGAGAGUACACAGUGAUUAAUGAAGCCUGCCCGGGGGCCGAGUGGAAUAUCAUGUGUCGGGAGUGCUGCGAGUAUGAUCAGAUUGAGUGCAUCUGCCCGGGAAAGAAGGAAGUGGUGGGUUACACCAUCCCCUGCUGCAGGAAUGAGGAGAACGAGUGUGACUCCUGUCUGAUUCACCCAGGUUGUACAAUCUUUGAAAACUGCAAGAGCUGCCGAAACGGUUCGUGGGGGGGUACUCUGGACGACUUCUACGUGAAGGGGUUCUACUGUGCAGAAUGCCGAGCGGGCUGGUAUGGAGGAGACUGCAUGCGAUGUGGCCAGGUUCUGCGAACACCAAAGGGUCAGAUUUUGUUGGAGAGCUACCCACUAAACGCUCACUGUGAAUGGACCAUUCAUGCCAAACCUGGGUUUAUCAUCCAAUUAAGGUUUGUCAUGCUGAGCCUGGAGUUUGACUACAUGUGCCAGUAUGACUACGUUGAGGUCCGUGAUGGAGACAACAGCGAUGGUCCGAUUAUCAAGCGUGUCUGUGGCAAUGAGCGUCCGGCUCCCAUCCAGAGCACCGGCUCCUCACUCCAUGUCCUUUUCCAUUCUGAUGGCUCCAAGAAUUUCGAUGGCUUCCAUGCCAUUUUUGAGGAGAUCACAGCGUGUUCCUCGUCACCUUGUCUUCACGAUGGCACUUGCUUCCUUGACAAAGCUGGAUCUUACAAGUGUGCCUGCCUGGCAGGCUACACCGGGCAGCAGUGUGAGAAUCUUCUGGAGGCUGGAAAGUCCAAGAUCAAGGCGACAGAAGAUUCAUUGUCUGUCCUUGAAGAAAGAAACUGCUCAGAUCCUGGGGGUCCAGUCAAUGGGUACAAGAAAAUCACAGGAGGCCCAGGACUUAUCAGUGGGAGCUAUGUGAAAAUUGGCACCGUCCUGUCUUUCUUUUGUAACAAUUCUUAUGUCCUCAGCGGCAAUGAGAAAAGAACUUGCCAGCAGGAUGGAGAGUGGUCCGGGAAACAGCCCAUCUGCAUUAAAGCAUGCCGAGAGCCCAAGAUCUCAGACCUGGUGAGAAGGAAAGUUCUUCCAAUGCAGAUUCAGUCAAGGGAGACACCAUUACACCAGCUGUAUUCGGCAGCCUUCAGCAAGCAGAAACUGCAAAGUGCCCCUACCAAGAAGCCAGCCCUUCCCUUUGGAGACCUUCCCAGUGGGUACCAACACCUGCACACCCAGCUCCAGUACGAGUGCAUCUCACCCUUCUACCACCGCCUGGGCAGCAGCCGGAGGACAUGUCUGAGGACUGGGAAGUGGAGUGGGAGAGCCCCAUCCUGCAUCCCUAUCUGUGGGAAAAUUGAGAAUGUCACUUCUCCAAAGACCCAAGGGACACGCUGGCCGUGGCAGGUGGCCGUCUACAGGAGGACCAGUGGGGUCCAUGAUGGCAGCCUGCACAAGGGAGAGUGGGUCCUGGUCUGCAGUGGUGCCCUGGUGAAUGAGCGCACUGUGGUGGUGGCCGCGCACUGUGUUACUGACCUGGGGAAGGUCACAGUCAUCAAGACAGUGGACCUCAAAGUUGUCCUGGGGAAAUUCUACCGGGAUGAUGACCGAGAUGAGAAGACCAUUCAGAGCUUGCGGAUUUCUGCUGUCAUUCUGUAUCCCAACUAUGACCCCAUCCUACUCGACGCCGACAUUGCCAUCCUGAAGCUCCUGGACAAGGCCCGCAUCAGCACCCACGUCCAGCCCAUCUGCCUCGCUGCCCCUCGGGACCUCAGCACCGCCUUCCAGGAGUCUCGCAUCACUGUGGCUGGCUGGAACGUGCUGGCAGAUGUGAGGAGUCCUGGCUUCAAGAACGACACGCUGCACUCGGGGGUGGUCAGCGUGGUGGACUCGCUGCUGUGUGAGGAGCAGCAUGAGGACCACGGUGUCCCAGUGAGUGUCACUGACAACAUGUUCUGUGCCAGCCGGGACCCGACUGCCCCUUCCAACAUCUGCACUGCAGAUACAGGGGGCAUUGCAGCUAUGUCCUUUCCGGGACGAGGGUCUCCAGAGCCACGCUGGCAUCUAGUAGGGCUGGUCAGCUGGAGCUAUGACAGAGCAUGCAGCCACAGCCUUUCCACAGCCUUCACCAAGGUGCUGCCUUUUAAAGACUGGAUCGAGAGGAACAUGAAAUAGGUCAGCUAGAGGUGCAUUGAGAAGCUUUUCCAGGCAUCCAUCUUGUAUGCCUGUUGUUGCACGAAGCAGUCUGUGGACCUGGAGUAUGAUUUUGUCCACGAACUUGGCUGUGCCAGGGAUUUUUAUUUCAGGGAUAAAACUCAGUAGCAGGUGAAUAGAGAGCUCAGUGUUUGAUAUGACACUGCCUUCCUGACUGCUUGGACAGCCAUUUGGAAGAUACCAGGACUUGAAGGAACUGGGUCUCUUCAAAGGAGACUAUAUGAAUAGAAUAGAAAACUCCCCAUUCAACUGACCUGCUGGCCAUUUCCACCUUUCUGUGACAUCAAUGCCAUGGUCAGUUCUGGUAGAGAGGGGCUUGGCCCAGGGAAGUCUGGGCUUCACAAGGCCUUUGUCAAGGUUCCAGCCAAACCCAGUUCCAGACCGCCUACAGGACAGCCCAGGGCUGGGGUGCUGUGCAUGCUUUUGUGAUAUGUGGCCACAGUACGGUCUGGUCCCAAUCUCUUGCACACAUUUUAAUAAAACAAGGGUUGCCUUCAUGACCCACAAAACAAA